AUGACAUCGUUGACGCAAACAACUCCCUCCAUUGCAGAACACUUGGAAAUCUUACCUAUAAAACGAAACAUAAAACUUCCCUCGAUCCGACGUCUGUUCCCACAUAGCGUGGAAUGGAAGAAACGCAACAAAAGCUUAUCCCGGAAAACGUCGGCAAUACUAAAAGAAAACAAAAGAAUAUUCGAAAACAACCUAAUUACCAAUCUCUCCGUACACACAUUGUCUCCAGAAGAAACGGAAAUCCUCUCUCGGGGUCUCUCCUUUGUGCCUACACCAACAAAAUACUCCUCCCCAUCUGAAACGGGAUCUUUAAUAAAUAUUACUACUACUAUGAAAAGACAAAUAUUUUUCGCAAGCGAGGGCCCUGAAAAUACGAAAGUUGAGCCUCACCCCUUCCACGUCCGAACAAAUUGGCAACCACCUACACCUGAUAACAAGGACUUGCUCGAAUAUUUUGAAAAAAUCACAAACGACAUAAAUUUAAUUAAUUCUCCAACUCCCGGGAAACAUAAUAUAAAUCACGAACACAGAAGAGCUCUUGUCAAUCUUGCAAGAAACCCAAACAUCACCAUAAAACCAGCAGACAAAGGUGGGGGGAUCUGCAUUCUUAACACUACCGAAUACAUAGACAAAGUCCACUUGCACCUUAAUGAUAGAAACACAUACAUACAAAUGCCAAAUGAUCUAACCAAUGACAUUAGCAAAGAGGUAAAAGAUUAUGUCGAUUUCCUUUUUGUUAAACAACACAUUGAUAAAACGACUAGACGAUUUCUAACUCCCCCUAAUCCACCGCGCACAUCACUAUUUUACGGACUACCUAAAAUACAUAAACCUGAGAUCCCACUAAGACCGAUUGCUUCGGGUUGCGACAGCGCCACAGACAACCUAUCAAAAUACGUAACACAUUUCAUCCAACCUUUGGUCACGAAACUACCGUCCUACAUUAAAGACACAAAACACUUUCUCAGAGGAUUGCGGGAGCUCCCACCUAUGCCCGAAAAUGCUUUUCUUGUAACAGCAGACGUUACGGCUCUAUACACAAACAUCCCCCAUGAUGAAGGAAUUAAAGCAGUACUCGAUUUUAUAAAACAAUUUAGAAAUGAAAUGCCUAAAUAUACCCCACCAAAUCAUGUCCUUCACACGCUGCUGCAUCUCAUUCUUUAA